AUGCUUUUGGAUAGUGGGAAAGGUCGUGAAGUAAAACAAGAGCAAAAUCAAACUCAACGAUAUUGGAAUAUGGAUGUAGUGGAUUGGGAGCAGAUAAAUGCUUGCAUGAAGAUUCUUGAAAUAUCCCCGGAAAUGCCACAGGUGAUCGGAAGGGGUGACCAGAGCAAGUCAUUGCUCUUUGAUGCUAGCAGUUUGGCCAAAGAUUUGAUGAAGAUAGAAGAGAUCGACAUUAGUAAGAAUAAAUGGGUGAUUAUAAGCAAGGUAUGGGUGGAAAUGUAUUAUGGUGCAAAUCAUUCACCAGCCAAUACUCUAGCAGACCAAGUGAGCAAAGGUGGGGAGCUCAUUACCAUCGUUUGGUUGUUGAUGGCUCAUUUUCGUUUGAGUGAUCAAUUCCCAAUUACUGAAGGCCAAGAAAUAGCAAAACUCAUUAUUGGCAAGUAG